AUGGAUCUAUUCUUAGGCAUGCAUACUCGCAUUGAAGAAUACGAACACACGCCUCGGCUGUCCGUCCACGUUGACACCCCUGGAGUCUCAUUUUUUGAGGCUGAAGGUCUUGGGACAGGUGACCUUUACUGCGUUGAGGAAAUGAAAAUGAAAUACAAAGGAAUCAAUUUCCCUCCGUGCAGUGGAAAAAAUUCAGAGUUUUUCCCUGUUAGUGUCUCACUCUUAAACAGUCAUAGUAAAGUUCAAAAUGUGGCUGAUUGGGACAGGCUUUUUGAGCUUGAACGCGAGUUGCAGUGCCUUGGUGAAGAGGUGGAGGCUUUUUUCCUGCGUUGGGUCAGUCUUCGGUGCUUGAAAAGCCUCUGGGCUCGGUAG